AUGAAGAUAGCAAUCAUUCUCCUCUGCUCCAUGCUGGUCGCUGUUUACUGUGAAGAUGAAGCCGCUCAGCCUCCCCGUGAUCAAGGCGGUUGUUGGUCUGAAGUGAAAGGGAACGUUCUUAAGGACGAGAACUUGCAGGUGAAGAAGGAAGGCUCCAACGCCCAGGAGUGCAAACAGCUUUGCAUCGACACUGACGACUGCUUCAUCGCUCAGUUGAAAGAUGGCGUUUGCUCCCUGAACACCAUCCCGUACGAGUGGGUGCCCGGAAACGAUGAUGGGGCCAUCCUCGUCCAGUACCUCCAUGCCUGCCCAACUGAAGGCGACAAGCCAGAAGAGGAACCAGUUGUCGACGAUGAAUAA